AUGUCUUCAAACCAAGUCGCGCAGGUCAGCCAGCUCCCGUGCGACGGCGACGGCGUGUGCAUGGUCUGCAAGCAGAAGCCGGCGGAGGAGGAGAUCCUCUCGUGCAAGACGUGCGUGACGCCGUGGCACGUGGCGUGCCUCACAUCCGCCCGACCACAAACCCUAGCCGACACGCCCCACUGGGAGUGCCCCGACUGCUCCGAUCUCUCAUCCUGCGCCGCGCCGGCCGUCUCCGGAGGCAGCCUGGUGGAGAAGAUCCGCGCGAUCGAAGCCGAUGCGUCGCUCACGGACCUGGAGAAGGCGAGGCGGCGCCAGGAGCUGCUCGGAGGGCCGAAAGAAGGUGAGGAGACGGAGGCGAAGGGCGCUGGGGGUGUUUCGGGGAUUUUAGGGGACCAGUUCAACUGCUCCAUUUGCAUGCAGCUUUUAGAUCGACCUGUUUCGACGCCGUGUGGUCACAACUUCUGCUUGAAAUGCUUCCAAAAAUGGACAGGGCAACAACGCAUGAAGACCUGUGCUAUUUGUCGGAAGAUGAUUCCAGUCAAGAUGGCUAAGGAGCCUCGAAUAAACUCUGCCAUUGUCAUGGCAAUCCGAACAGCUAAAGCUUCCCAGUCGAACUGCUCGGGAGGCCCUGCAAAGGUAUCCCACUUCAUCCACAACCAAGAUCGCCCCGACAAAGCAUUUACAACAGAGCGUGCGAAAAAAACCGGAAAGGCUAACGCAUGCAGUGGGAAGAUAUUUGUGACCAUUCCCUCAGAUUUUCUUGGUCCAAUCACACCAGAGUACGACCCGACAAGGGGCUUAGGUGUGACAGUUGGAGAAACUUGGGAAGACAGGAUGGAAUGCAGGCAAUGGGGCGCUCACUUCCCUCAUGUUGCAGGUAUUGGGGGUCAAUCUAAUCAUGGGGCCCAGUCGGUUGCACUGUCAGGUGGUUAUGAGGACGACGAGGAUCACGGAGAAUGGUUUCUCUACACGGGGAGUGGUGGACGCGACCUUACUGGGAAUAAAAGGACGAACAAGAAACAGUCCUUUGACCAGAGCUUCAAAAGUUCCAAUGAGGCUCUAAGGGUUAGUUGUCGCGAGGGCUAUCCUGUACGGGUUGUGAGGUCCCACAAAGAAAAGCGAUCUUCUUACGCACCAGAGACGGGUGUGCGUUAUGACGGGAUUUACAGGGUAGAGAAGUGCUGGCGCAAGGCUGGGCAACAAGGAUUUGUCGUCUGUCGUUAUCUGUUUGUGCGUUGUGAUAAUGAUCCAGCACCAUGGACCAUUGACACCCAAGGAGAUCGUCCGAGGCCUCUACCUUCAAUUCCCGAGCUGAACCAAGCUAAGGAUAUUACCGAAAGGAAAAAGAGUCCUGCCUGGGAUUUCGAUGAGCAGAAGGGCAUCUGGACAUGGACGAGACCUCAACCGCCCAGUCAAAAAACGCUCGUAGACGGUGAUAAAGUAAAGAUCACCAAGAGGAAAAACCAAAGCGGGACUGGAUCAGUUAAAGCAAAGCUUCUGAAAGAAUUUGGCUGCCUCAUCUGUCGGAAAGUGAUGGUUCAGCCACUCACUACUCCCUGCGCGCAUAACUUCUGCAAGGCGUGCUUAGAGGGCGCCUUUUCCGGUCAAUCUCACAUCAAAGAGAGAAAAACUGGAGGGAGGACGCUUCGUGCACAGAAAAAUGUUAUGAAGUGCCCAUCUUGCACACAAGAUAUUUCUGAGUUCCUUCAAAAUCCUCAGAUCAACAGAGAGUUGAUGAGCGUGAUUGAAACGCUGCAGAAGCAGUUGGAGGAGGAGAGCUCCAAGGCUAAGGAAAACGAGGAUGCCCAAAGCUUGAAUUCAAGCGAGAAUGCUGAAGAAGAGGGCUCAGAAGUGGAAGUGCGAGAAGAUGCAGUUAGCGUUUCUAAGCGAAGGAAGCUUAGCAACGAUGGUGCCCAAGCCGGAGAGCCAGAAGGGACAAAAGACGAUGAGGUAGCAGAACCAGGCAGGCUUGCUGAUGGAGACGAGAGCACACAAGUAAAUGUGCACGAGUGUGCUGAUGAAACACCAGAUGCAGUUGCUGAAAGCACAAAAGAGGAAAAGGCUGAGAAACCUGAUGUGGGAGCCACAGAAGGCCUCGAACCAGCAAAGCGUGGGCGUGGUAGGCCUAAGAAAGCCUCUGUGCAGAACAGUUCUGGGGCGAAUUGAUGCUGGGAAGACUGAAUUUGAUCCAGAGGAGGAGGAUGCAAUCUGAGUGACCAAAAUCUGUGUUAAGGUUCGAAUGCAAUCGGAGCUACCUUCAUCACCAGUUCCUGCUUCUUGCUGCACUUCACUGCUGGAAGCCUAUAAAGAUAUUGACCGGAAGGAAACUUGACUUAACUACGCAAUGCGUUCUACGGCUCUACCAUAGUAGAGGCAUUUCCUGAAGCCAACAGACACCUCUUGCAAAGUGAAAAUACUCAAAGCAUGCAUGGCCAUCGAGUUCAACUGUGGACUUGUCAUUUGAGAUCGAAGUGGUCGUUAUCAAGAAUAGGCUCGAGGCAUAUAUUGUGAUAUUUUGAAACUUGUCUUAACCUUGCAAAAAAAUGAAGAAAAUGUAGCAGACAUUACUUUCCAUUGCUAAUUGUAUCAACAAACAAAAACUACUUCAUUAUCCCCAUCUCGGUAUACCCCUCCAACUUCAAAAUAUGCUCAUUGUCGCUAAUCCCACCGCGGUAAACUCGAUCACUUUAGACUGAUCCCCCACUUUGAUUUGCUUGUAAUUCAUCGAUUUAUUGUUAAAAUAGGUGCCGCCAUUUUCGAGCUCGGAUUUCAAGCUGUGGCAGUAGAUUUUGAGCUUGUCGAGCUCGACCAUGGAGUACUUGAGCUUGGAAGCUUCUACACAAAACAACAAAAAAGGGGACUUAGCUUCGACAAACCGUGAGACCGCCGAAGUUUUACUGAUCCAGUGAUGGCCAAGAACUCUCCAGCUAUCACUGCUGAUGCAGAGCUAGGACAUCAAAUGUCCUUUUUGUUUGAAGGGGUGACUCAAUUUGGGGGUGGAAAUUGAACAGUUCAAGGGCACAGUCGACAUUUUGUACUCAAUUCUUGACGCAGUUUUCGAUGUUGUUUCAAUUAGCAGCCUCCUCCCAAGAAAUGAAAAUUGGUUAUUUACGCACUCAACAGUGCGGGUCGGUUGUAUUAGUAGGGCCGCCCAGAAUUAAAUCAAGUACAGUGAACAUCCUUUUACGACCAGAAAUAGACCCAAAUCUUACUAUAUCUAACAAAGUGAACAGGCCCUAAGUUAGCAAGAUAAUAAUGUAUAUAGGACUUUUUCUAUAUUAUUUUUUUUUUUACUUUA